GCACGUGCGGGAGGAAGUAGCUCUGCGGUUCCGCGCUGCCUUAAAGAGUUUCUCAACGUGGAGCUAUGGGAGGCCUGGAGAAGAAGAAGUAUGAACGAGGCUCUGCCACCAAUUAUAUCACCCGAAACAAGGCCAGGAAGAAGCUGCAGCUGAGCCUGCCUGACUUCAGGCGGCUGUGCAUCCUGAAAGGUAUUUAUCCUCAUGAACCCAAGCAUAAGAAGAAAGUUAACAAGGGUUCCACAGCAGCCCGGACAUUUUACCUUAUCAAAGACAUUAAAUUCCUCCUCCAUGAGCCCAUCGUCAACAAGUUCCGAGAGUACAAGGUGUUUGUUCGGAAGCUCCGCAAAGCCUAUGGGAAGAGCGAAUGGAAUGCUGUGGAGCGCCUGAAGGACAAUAAACCCUUCUACAAACUUGACCACAUUGUCAAGGAGCGGUGA